UCUCCACGCUCUCCCAGCUCUCUGACAGCGGGCAGACCCUCAGCGAAGACAGCGGCGUGGACCUCGGGGACGCCGAGCUGAGCACCAAAGGAGCCGACAGGAGCCGCCCACAAGGCCUGAUCAAGGGCAGAAGCCCCCAGGAAGUGCUGAGGAGCGACGGGCAGGGAGAAACCAUCCCCAAACCACCAGGCCUCCUGGAACCGACAUCCCAUCUGAUCCGGGUGACAAAGACCGCACCAACCCUCGGAAUCGCCAUUGAGGGGGGAGCCAACACUCGGCAGCCCCUGCCUCGAAUAGUGACCAUACAGCGAGGAGGUUCCGCCCACAACUGCGGGAAGCUGAAGGUGGGCCACGUGAUCCUGGAGGUGAACAGCAUGACCCUACGGGGGAAGGAGCACCGUGAGGCGGCCCGCAUCAUCGCCGAGGCCUUUAAGUCGAAGGAGAAGGACUAUGUCGAUUUCCUGGUCACCGAAUUCAACAUCGCCCUUUAGGAACAGGACAGCGGGAGGCUCCGAAGCCGAGAGAGAGUGAGAAAUGGGGUUUUGAGAGGGCUCUGACACGAUGUGCAUAGUCACGUGCGCAUAGUCACGACACCCGGAUAACUCCCAUACGAAGGGACGCCGCCAGCACAAGACACGUGUGAAACAGGUUUGGGGUUGGUGUAGUGCUGGGGGCACUGUUCCUGCUAAGAUACCCCACCACCGUCACCACCCUCAGACUCAAAAUCCCGGCAGGAAAGUUUGGGGGAAGGACGAGGAAAAGAAAGGAGAGAGUGACUUUCUGAUAAGGGUUCCCCCCAUAGAUCACCUUUGCCUGGUUGGCAAACCAUGGUUCAAUGCCCUCUGCCCCCUUUGUCCCUGUGUUAGAGUGACCGAGCCGGGCACCUAUCUGAGAGCCCUGCCAGCCCAUUUAAACAUCCCCUUCCCCGCUGCCAGUCCAUACAGAAGCACUUUGUGGAUGCUACAGAGAACCAAUGAACGGGGGGAGGAGCCAUGCGUCGCCCCGCCCCCUGCUUCCAGAGUGCCGCUAGAGGAGGGAGUCGCCUCCAGGGGGCAGCACCUGUAAGGCCAGUGCCCUGAGCCCUUUGGGGGGCUUAAUCUCUCCAGCCCACCUGGCCCGAGGUUCUUCCACUCCGCCUUCCCACCCAUCCAUCCAGCAAUGGAGAAUGCCUCGUCAAU